AUGACUCCAAGAAGAGCCACCAACUAUACUCCCCAGGCGCCGAUAACACAUAUUCAAAGUCUUCAACAAUGUGUGCAUCGGCUGCAGGACAGUUCUUCUUUGCUUAAAGCCUCUGUGAAGAAACUCGAAGGUAGUACAAGAAAUUUCUCCCGCUUGAGAAAAUUAAUCGCAUGCCAACGGGUGUUUGAACUAGUCACGGAACCCGAGAUCCGUGAGGCCCAAAGAUCGGUAGCAGUUCAACUCGAACCACGCGUUAGACAUCUAUUACAUAAAGCAGAAGAAUUAUUGGCUGAGAUCGAGCAACGUGAAAAUGUUCUCCAAGAGGAGACCAACAUGCGGGAAUUGGAGUUAGACAAAGAGUUGAAAAAAUCACAGGCCUCUAUACAAAAACCAGGUAGCAAAACAGAUCAUUCUGGUACAUCGGCAAAACAAUCUGCAUCUCGACAACGAAAGGCGCCUCACAAUGGCGAAUGUGCCAAAAAACUAAAGGAAGUCAAAAAAAAGAUGGAGCGAAUGGCAAAAUCCGUCAAGGAAUUGGAGGAUGAUUAUAAACAUAAGGCAAGCUUCGAUUUCUGCAUCAUUUACGGAACAUUUACACUUCCGCAAAUAAAAACUGAACUGAAUUCCUACACCAAAAAAAACCAAAACAAAGGUAUCAAGUGUUUGCAUCCAGUGAUAGUUCACCAGUUGGUUAUAAAAGUUAAUUCUAGCGGAAUCCUAAAGCCUAGAGACAACGACGUUCUAGAAAAUAUCGAGGAACAAAUUAAAGAACUAGAUACGAUAAUCGGUGAAAAAAGAGAAAUUCUGGACGAACGACAAAAUGCAAUUAUGGAAGUCUCCCGUGACAAUGAAAUCGAGACAGACGAAGAUUUCAAAUGGAAGCAAAUUCAAGCUCAAUACGAAUUUUUUAAGCGAGCAGAACAACAAAUUGAAUCAGGGCUCAAUUGGCCAAAUGACGCGGCCACCGAGUUUGAAAUCUUAUGUAACUCAUAUUUACGGUCAUUGGAAAAUAUCAAAUUAGAGACCCAAAAAAGUAUUGCGAGUCGACAAGAACAACGAAACAAGACUAUCGAGAAUAUGAAAAAGUUGUGCAAAUUAUUAUAUCCAAGCGACAACAUUGGCGUGACGAUCGCCAGGCUCGUAGAAAUUCUGUUGCAAUCAAAACAAAAGGAGAUAUUUGUCAAAGAACUGAGAGUGGAAUUUCCGCCUGAACAAAAAAGACUGCAUCAUCUUCAAACCGCAAUAGCUACACUCAACCAAUUUGAAAUAACAGAGACAGUGUUAGAGGAGGCUAACGGAUUAGAUAAAGAGGAACAGAUGAUUCUUAAACUCAAGGUCGACGUUGAUUAUUAA